CGCCGCAGAAACUCGGCCCAAUGAAGCUCAAAUAUCAGCUUCGCAACAGUUGGCUUGGGACGUUUUGGAAGAGCAAGAGAAUGCCCUCGCCGAUCCACCGCGAACUCCGGAACGUGUCGAGCCGACCACGGACGAGGUCGACCUACUAGCGAACCUGACCUCCACACAGCCCACUGGCACUGGUGAACACGCGGACGGCCCAGAGCAAGUCCCCAGCACCGCAGCUACCGUACUGCCAGAUUUCCUACCAACGGAAAGGACACACUUCAGCCUCGGCGAGCUGACUUCAGAGCAGACACUGACCAUGGUAGCGGAAGUCUACGACAAAGCCGUCCACUACCGGCCGAACGCUUUCCUAGUGCCGCAUGGGAGAACGGGGCGGGAGUUUAUCGCGCAGCUGAGCAGAUAUUUGGAAUGCUUUGGGCAGCAUGGCGCCUACGCGGAAUGUGCCCUGAAGAUAGCUAUGGUCUAUCAGCUCCUACUUCUGCAGAAGCCGUUUGGCAACCCCUCCUCUUCUACCGCAACUUGCUUGCAACGCAGGAUGGAUCUGUGGAAAGAGGGGAAGCUGAAGGAGCUUCUGCACGAGUGCCAAACUAUCCAUGACCAACUCAACAAGCACCAGCAACAACAGAGCCGAAGGCAGCCGGACCCAGCACAGCAGUUUGCAUCUCUAGUAACUAAGGGCAAGCUUCAUGCCGCAUUGGACCAACUGAGCAGUGGAGAUUCAGGAGGAAUGCUGCACCUGGACGAAAGAAUUGGUGAGAGGACAGUCCUCGAUAUCCUCAAGGACAAGCAUCCGGAGGCUGCGCCGCCACACGCCCAAGCGGUGAUGCGUGGUGUCCCGCCUACCCCACCCCAUCCCAUCCAAUUCGAGGCACUAACACGACAAGUGGUGCUACGGGCAGCGCUCAAUACCCAUGGUGCUGCAGGUCCCUCGGGAGUCGCCGCCGACAACUGGCGACGCAUGUGUUCAGGUUUCGCCGACAUCUCCGAUCAGCUGUGCGACGCGAUUGCAGCAUGUGCACGACGGCUAGCAACGACCUAUGUCCAUCCAUCAAGCCUGGAGGCCUACGUCGCCUGUCGCCUGAUUCCCCUUGAUAAGAAGCCAGGCGUGCGGCCCAUCGGCAUAGGUGAGGUCCUUCGCCGGAUCAUGGGGAAAGCCAUCCUCUCCAUCACGAAUGACGAAAUUCAACGUGCAGCCGGAAGUCUCCAACUAUGUGCUGGCCAAGACGGAGGUGUGGAAGCAGCCAUUCACGCCAUGAAUGACCUCCAUCAGCUGGAUGACACGGAAGCAAUCCUACUGGCUGAUGCAACUAAUGCGUUCAAUUGUCUGAACAGAGAAGUAUGCAUGCGGAACAUCCAACACACCUGCCCGUCCUUAGCUCCGACAGUCAUCAACACAUACAGAGAGCCGGCCAAUCUGUUCGUGAGCGGUGAGUGUAUCAAGUCCAGCGAAGGUACCACCCAAGGCGACCCGGUCGCUAUGGCGAUGUACGCUCUCGGUGUUCUCCCCCUCAUCGAAGAAGCAGCAACAGACGGUGCCACGCAGUCUUGGUUUGCGGAUGAUUCUGCCGCAGGAGGCAAGUUGCAAGCAGUACGAAUCUGGUGGGAUCGCCUCAACGAGAGUGGUCCAUCAUACGGCUAUUUCCUCAACCCGACCAAGUCUGUCCUCCUUGUCAAGCCACAGUUUCUGGAUGAGGCCACCAGCAUAUUUGCUGGAACUGGAAUUGACAUCCGCACAGAUGGAUGUCGGCAUCUGGGAGCCGCGCUUGGCUCAGCAGAAUUCUCCCGCUGCUUUAUGGAGCGCAAGGUUCAAUCCUGGGUAGAGGAGGUGAUGUCGCUCAGCACUAUUGCUUCGUCACAGCCCCAAGCUGCAUAUGCAGCGUUUGUUCACGGCCUGCGAAGCAAAUGGUCCUUCCUGUCUCGAGUCAUGGCUGACCUACAUUUGUACAUGCAGCCGUUGGAGGAUUCCAUCAGAAACAAGUUCAUCCCCGCUCUCUUAGGUGGCAGAACCGUCAACGAUGAUGAGCGACAGCUUCUGGCUCUGCCUUGUCGACAUGGUGGUCUGGGGCUCAUCACACCUGCCUCCCUCGGGGCCCAGUACGCCCACUCCAAGACCAUCGUUGGCCCCCUGGUGCGGCGCAUUCAGCAGCAGACUGCCACGCUUGGCGAUGCCCUGCAGGAAGUGCGGAAGAACAAGCAGCUGUUGAGGGCGAAGGCAAAGACAUCACUCCAAGCCGAGGCCGUCGCUCUGCAUUCUGCCGCACCUCCAGAGGUUCAACGUACCAUCGACCUUGCUUCGGAGCGGGGGGCAUCCAGCUGGCUCACCUGCCGGGCCCUAAAGGCCCACGGCUUCACCCUCACGAAGGCUGAGUUCCGCGAUGCUGUGCACCUCCGGUAUGGCUGGCACCCAGUACGACUGCCAACAUCAUGUUCCUGUGGACAGCAGUUCACCGUCAGCCAUGCCCUCUCCUGCCCGUUAGGCGGUUUCCCAACCCUCCGCCACAACGAGGUACGCGAUGUGACAGCUCGCCUUGCGAAGCGUGUUGGCCACCAGGUGGCUAUUGAGCCACAUUUGCAGCCACUCACUGGAGAGCAGCUCCGGUACCGUACUGCUGUGGGCGACGACCAAGCCCGCCUUGACGUGGUGGCUAGUGGUAUUUGGGGAGGGCGGUUCGAGCGCACCUACAUUGAUGUCCGGGUGUUUAACCCUUUUGCGUCCUCGAAUCGCCUCAACUCACUUGCUGCUAGCUACACCCGUCACGAAAAAGCCAAGCGCCGUGCCUAUGAGCAGAGAAUCCGAGAAGUGGAACACUCCAGCUUUGUUCCCGCCGUGUUCUCCACUACGGGAGGCAUGGGGAAAUCUGCCACCUCUCUGUACAAGAGGAUAGCGUCCCUCAUCGCCGACAAGACCGGAGCGGCCUACAGUGCCGUGAUGGCUUCGAUCCGGUGUCAAAUCAGCUUUGCCUUGGUCCGAUCCAGUGUGAUGUGCCUGAGGGGUGCUAGGCAGCUCUAUGCACCGGUCUUUGCCGCGGACUCAGCUGCUCUUGUUGUUGCCGAGGCGGCUAUCCCCUGUUGAGGUUGAUGGCCGUGCUCAUUUAUACCAUGUUCUCAUAAUUUCUGCUUUUCGUGUCAUUCUUGCUUCUUGUGUUUGUUUGUUCUCCUCUAGUUCUCUUAUGUUCGCGGAGAAGGCGGAGAGCCGGAACACAGAACCUCUUAUUUUUAAUUUUUUUUAAUUACUUACUUUUUUACCAGGCGUGGGCCAUCCCCUGAUCAUAGGUGCCAAACAUUUUUAGUAU